GCUCGUCGUUGCUUACGCCGGCUUGGUGUCGCCCCAUGAGUGGUGCAAACAAGCUUCGGCUUGCAGAUUCAGCUUGCCCGUCACCCAAUGUGGCGCCGGCCAGCAGACGCCCAGCCGCUUUAUCACCAUGCACGGUGCGCCAAUUGCACAGCCAAACAUCAAAUCGGCGGCAUUUGCUACCCAAGCGGCGGAGGUUACUGUGCGGCCUGCCUAGUAGAAGUAGGGUAGGCUGGGCAAACUUGGAUAAGAGAGAGGCCGGAGCCUGCGUCUCGCUCGCUCUUGCCAUGCAACUCGCUCGCUCUUGCCAUGCAACUCGCUCUUGCCAUGCAACUCGCCUUUCUCUCCAUCGGACCGACUGUACUGACUCUUCGACCGCACCUUCCCCCCUCUCAACUUACCCCUAGCUACCACCUUGGAUCAUGAGCGAGAGCAAAACCAUGAGCGCGGGCUAUGCCGCGGUCGAGCCUGCCCCCGACGCCCACGAGGGAUUCGACGAGGUCAAGUACGCUCGCCGCGAUAAGCGCAUCAAGGUGCUGCGUAUAAUCCAGAGCAUGCUGUCGGCACUUCUCUCGAUCGUCAUCGCCGUCUUCCAGGGCCGGGUGUACUGGACGUACCAAAACACUAAAAACACGCCUGGAGCCUGGCCGGUCGUCCCCGAUGUGGUCCCCACGAUCCUGCUCUUCAGUGUCGCCAUUGCGGCCCUCGUCUUCGACGGUUGCAUGAUUGUCGCAUACCUGCAGCCGAGCAGCAAGUUCGCGCCGUGGGCCGUCCGGAUCGGCAGCGCAGCCCACCAUGUCGUCGCCUCAGCCAAGGCGGUCAGCUACGGCCUCUCGGCCGUCAUCAGCAAGACGAGCUUCGACUUUGGUAACGCGUCGGGCCAGAACGCCGAUUUGUGGAGCUAUACCUGCACCGACCAGGCCGCUGGCGUCACGAUGAUCCAGGCAGAGUCUAACUGCAACUCGCAGUAUGCGUCUUGGGCAUUCGCGCUCGUCCAGCUCGCCCUCGAGCUCCUUGGCGGGGUUAUCGCCAUUUUGACCCACCAGCAGUCGAAAAAUCUAAGCACUCAGACCAUGGACGAGAGAUUCACCGCCUAUAGCGAGGGCGUAAACCGGAGGCUCGGAGAAGCCACACCGCAGUUUACUCCCGCAGUUUGAUUGGCCUUUCUGUCACGCCGGUUGGCAGUUGGGGACAGAUUCUCCUUGCCGUUAUUUUGUGUAGUUGGCCUAUAUCAUAGUGAUCUGUUGUAGUGGAAUAAUGUUGCACAAUAAAGUCUCCCUUCUUCGAUG